AUGGCAGACGAACAAGGCUCCCUCAAUUGGCGCCUGAGCGCGCACCCCAUCACACUCCUCACAUAUCUCACUUUCCGAAUAGGAAGUCUCCUGAUGUAUCUCUUUGGGGUGCUCUUUAUCGGCAAUUUCGUGCUGGUCUUCAUCCUGACACUUCUCCUAUUGUCUGUUGACUUCUACUACCUGAAGAACAUCGCGGGUCGUCGCCUCGUCGGCUUGCGCUGGUGGAAUGAAGUCAACACCUCCACUGGUGACAGCCACUGGGUGUUUGAGUCUGCGCCGGAAGGGGCACGGUCGGACAAUAAGACGGACAAGCGCUUCUUCUGGCUGAGCAUGUAUGUUGCUCCCGCGUUGUGGAUUGCUCUUGCGGUGCUCGCGAUUGUCAGGUUGCAGAACCUUAUUUGGUUGGUUACGAUCGUCAUCGCACUGGUUCUGACUAUCACCAACACCGUGGCCUUCUCGCGGUGCGAUAAAUUCAGCCAAGCUUCGAGUUUUGCUGGCUCGGCCUUCCUCGGCGGUGGUCUUGCAAGUGGUCUUGCAAGCAAUAUGGUCGGACGAUUUUUCAAGUGA